GUUGAUGACUGAAGCAGCCAGGCAGAGGGCCACUGUGAGGAAAAUGAAGAUUCUGUCUCAUCAGAACGCCAUACUACAGAUGCUGAAUCGGGUCAAUCUGUGCCUGAUGGAAAUAUACAACAUGAUGAUGGAUGCCAUUAUCUCUACAAGAGAUGAAAAUUCAUCCGAAAUAACACCAGUCACUACGCCACUCCAAUCAAGACCACCGAAAAGGAGUUCACAGGUUUCAUUACAGCAAGCCGACUUGACAAAUAAGGUUCUACUGUCAGUAAAUGAGCAUUUCACGCGUCCAAAAGUACAAGAAGAUCGUUUUGAUAUUUUCGGGAAAAACGUUGCGAUGAAAUUACAAGAUCUCCCUAUGCAACAGAGACUCCUAGCUGAGAGGAUCAUAAACGCAGCACUAUUUGAAGCCGAAAUGGGCACUUUGACUACCUCACACAAGUUUAUUCUUCCACCUCAACGCCUGUUCCAUACAAUGACUCCCAGUCCCCAGCAGAAUGAACGUCAGCAUUACCCUCAGUUUGAUUUAGCAACACCUAUUCACAGUACUCCAACCUGUCCUAGUCCAACUUUUCCCACACAGACAACGUCCCAUUCACUUGGCCCUUCACACAGCUCAACGCAGCAUUACCAGCAUCAAGCACACCCAUAUCCCUCACCACAAAUUCCCAGCUCAGUACAACACGAACACCCACCAUGCCCUCAAUUGGCGGGAGUUCACAGUGACACAGUUGCAUCCAUAUCAGCACACUCACCAUCAGCAGCUUCAUAUCUAUCUAAUUUAAGUGGCGAUGAUCUGUAAAGUCUUUUUACUUGUAAUGUUCCAUUUGAUUGCUUUUGAUUAUACAAUAAAGUAUAGCUUAAUGAAGUAAA